CUGUCGUCAUGGCAAACUAUAUACAAAAAAAAGUAAAUUAAUUUUAGAGCUUGUUUGACAAUUUGACAAUAAAAAAAAAUAAUUAGUGACUAAGAUGCAACAAGCAACAGCAGUUAGUUGCAUUAAAAAUACAGACUCCCAAGUACAGUUACCGCAGACAAAAUUAAAAAAAGAAACAGAAGUAAAUAAAGAAAAAAAAUUAGUUAAAAGUGUCAAUAGUAAGAUCCAAUUAUCUAGAAAAUGUCAAAAAAAAUUAACUCAAUACUCAUCAACUAAAAUUAUCAAUAUGAAAUACUCAAGACCAAUUAAAAAAAAUCUACAAAAUCCAUGUCCGUCAUUACGAACUCUUGUUCCUAUUACUGGAUCAAGAAAAAGUAUUUCAUUAAUUGAAUUAUCCCCGGCUAAAAUGAAUACUAAAUUAAUCAAUAGAUUAGAUUCUGAUAAAUUUGAUAUGGAGGAUUUCGAUGGCGCAAAAGUUUGUGGCUCAAAUGAUGUGUUUAAAAAAAAUUGGCUGGAUGCCAAUAAUAGUAAUAAUGAUAAUAAUAAUAAUGAUAGUAAUAAUAUUAAUAAUGAUAAUAUAAGUAAAGUAAAGAACAAUAAAGACUUGGAAAUGAUAAUGAAAAAAAAAUCGGCGAGUAUUGUGUGUCAUACAUUAAUAAUAAAUGCAUGGAGACGUAGACGUGAAGAAAUAAUUGAUUUGAAUGUUAUUAUUGAUGAGCUACGUCAGCAAAUAGAUCACUUACAGUUGCAAAUUGUUGUAUUGAGACGAUUACUGGACACCGAGAAUAGCCGGGUCGGUAAACUUGGCACACAAGUUCGUCGCGCUAAAAUACAACUUGAUAAUGUUACCAAAGAAAAGGAUAUUCUUAAUAAUGAAAAUGAAAAAUUGAAAAAUGAUUUAAAUUCAAUUAAUCAAAUUAGUGAAGAACGCAGAGUUUUGAUUGAAAAUUAUAAAAACGAACUGAUUAAUACGAAAAAUCAACUAGAGAGUGUCGAUAAUCAAAUGAUGAAGGACAGAGAAAAGUUACUGAAAUUACGAGAUGAUAAAAAAAUUUUAUUAGAUAAGGUUGCAGCGUACGAAAAAAUUUCAAGUGAACGUAAAGAGCGAGCAGACAAAGCUGCGAACGACGUCGAGGAGUUAACAAAUAAGCUGAAUAUUCACAUGGCUAUUGUUGAAAGUUUGAAGGAAGAGAAACAACAACUUGACAAGAAUUUAGAAAUAAUUGAAAAUAAAAAAUUGAAAAUUGAGGAACGUCUAUUGGCUAGUGAAGACCGUGAAAGAGUAUUGAGCUUGCGGGUUAGUAAUCUUGAAAUACUGUUGAGUGAUCGUGAAGCUGCGUUACGUAAGAUCGAGUCUGUUUAUAGUUUUCAAUUGUCUGAAAUAAAUGAAUUAAAAGAAAAAUUAAUGCGACAAAGCCAAGAAUGUGGUUGGAGUAGUAAAAUUUUGCAAAUAGCAGGAAGUGUCGUAAGAGCACCGCGAGUUAUAUUACGUACUAUUUCAUUCUUAGCAUUCGGUGGAAUUUCUUCACGUCCAUAAAAAAACACUUGUCUUAAAAUUUAAAAAACGUCUGGACCAAACACCAUCCAUUUUAUAAAAAUUCAAAUAAAUUUGACACUUGAAACGCGAUUUAAAAAAAGCCCACUAUCAAUUUCUAUUUAUCAACCUCGGAUCUGAAAUAAAAAUAAAAUUUUUUAAAAAUCACGAUAUUAAAAAAAAACUGGAUACUGUAAAAAAUUAUCAAGUU